UGAUGAGACCUCAUCUCAUGGAUCUUGCCUCUUCCUCCCUUCUCCGUCCCUUCCUCACCUUUUUCCCCUAUAUAUAUAUAUAUGAGCCCAAGGAGAGGGCACAUUCACUUCAUUAGUUCAGACGGAGAAGCUCUAUGGGUUCUUGGGUCCGCACCAUCACUUCUCCCUUUAGAAAGGCUUGCACCCUCCUCAACCCACCAAGAGAUAAGAAGUCCCAAACAGGGCAUGAUCACCAUGGCAUGAAGCUCCAUGGUGAGGUGAUGGCAUGUUCGUAUGAGGAUGUUCAGGUGAUGUGGUCCAUCCUCGACAAAUCAAAGCCUGGAGAGAAAAACCGGCGUUAAUGCUUCUUUUUUUUUUUUCCUUCCUUGAUGGUGGGGGGGGGGGUAUGAACAAAGAUGGGAAGAACUAGUGUUUUUUUUCCAUUGGGUUGGAGGACAAAAUGUAUCCUCUUAAUCUUUUAAGUUAUAGAGGACGCCAGAAGUUAAUUUGUCGUAAUUUGUAGUUUGGCAUCGUGCUUGAAGGGAAUCCUCAUGGCUAUCGAGAUCCAUGGUGAGAUUUAGUAGAAUUAUUGUAUUUUUUUUCAUGCAUAGAAAUAUUAUUAUCAUGCACGCUGUUGUAGGAAGAGCUUAAAAUUACGCGUGCAUGGAAACUUAUAUAAA